CAUGUUGGGAAAACUUUCGUGUCUCUCAAGCGAGCUGAAAUGGCGGCGACUAUUAAAGAUCCAGAUGAAGACUCCUCUAGGCCCAAAGGGAAGCAUAUCAAAGCGGUAUUGGUGAAUAAGCUGGAAGGAUGCAGUGGUGUAGUAAAUAUGGCCGUUACUAUUCCACACGAAGAUGCAGUAAUCAGUGUUUCUGACGAUAAGAGUAUAAGGCUUUGGAUCAAACGAGAGAGUGGGCAAUAUUGGCCAAGCGUUUGCCAUGUAAUGGAGUCCGAAUGUUCCGCCUUAGAUUAUCAUGGAACAAGUAGGAGAUUGUUCGUAGGACUGGACGAUGGAGCAAUUUCUGAGUUUGAAGUGUCUGAGGAUUUUAACAGACUUCAUGCUAGUAGGAAGUAUUUAGCGCACAUGAACAGAUUGACAGGAAUUGUGUUUUCACUGGAGAAUGAAUGGCUGCUCAGUGUAGGAAGAGAUAAAUAUUUACAGUGGCAUGACUGCACAACGGGCAAAAGAUUAGGAGGAUUUCAAACUGAAGCUUGGUGCACAUCAUUACAAUUUGAUGCUGAAUCCAAGCAUGUCUUUGUGGGAGACUAUGGUGGCCACAUUAGCGUUAUAAAACUGGAGUCAAGUUCACUAUCACUAGUGACGACACUCAAUGGCCACUCAGGCAAGUUACGUCCAUGGCACUCAUGGUUUGGCACAGGAAGUGUAAGAUCACUAGCCUGGGAUGCUGAGUCAAAACUGUUGUUCUCCGGUAGUUUUGAUGAAUCUAUUAUUGUUUGGGACAUUGGAGGACAAAAAGGAACUGCUUUGGAACUUCAUGGACAUAUAACCAAAGUUCAAUCCCUUUGUUAUGCUCCACAUGCAAAGAAGUUGAUAUCCUGUAGUGAAGAUGGCAUUGUUAGGAUUUGGGAUAUGAAUGUAAAACGAAAAGAGACUCCAGAAUGGUCACAAAGCGAUGUCUGUGAGAGAUGCGGAGGACCUUUCUUUUGGAACUUUAAAGGAAUGUGGAGCCAAAAAGCAGUCGGUGUCAGGCAGCAUCAUUGUCGAAAAUGUGGUAGAGCGGUGUGUAACGAGUGCAGCAACAACGAAUCGUCUUAUCCAAUCAUGGGCUUUGAAAAUUCAGUCCGUUUUUGCACUGAGUGUUAUGCAGAUAUCACAGAUGAGGACCGAGAACCUCUAGCUGAUUUUCACGACGCAAAACAUACAACUCGUUCGUUACAUUUGGAUCUCAGUAAAGGAAGAUUACUGACUUGUGGCGGGGAUAGGAUUAUUAAGAUUUGGGACAUAAAAGCAAUUCUCCUGUCAUGAGCAUCGACUAGAUCUCUUUGAGAACUCUUUUCGGCAGUUUCAAGAUGGUUGGAUGUAAUUAAACACAAUUUUCUUUCGCCGUUCUAAGCAUCCUGAGGCCUUGUGAAGGCAAACAGAUGUAGCAACGGUGGACUCGUCAUUUUGAUCUUAAACAACUGGAAUAAAUCUUUAAUUUGUUCCAA